UGCAACACGCUCCCUUGGUCACAAUAACGCUCCCGAUGCCGGGGCAACAGGAGGGAAGGCGGGAGAGCGGGAGGGAGGGACGGAGAGACGGAGGGAGGGAGGGAGGGAGGCAGCCGCCUCGCCGUGGUCCCUCAUUUCCCCGCUGCUUCUCCUCAGUGGUACUUCAACGGCGACGGACUGAGGGGCAGAGGGGCCUGGCAUGGAGCCCACCGAGUGGGAGCAGGGCCCUCUCCUGCCCCCUAUUAAUGGGGCCACGGCGGCGGUGCCCGCUCCAGCCUCCGCAGCCCCGAAGGGCCUUCCCUGGAGACCAAGGUCGGCUCGGGUGGCGUCGCCAUCCCCUUCGCCGAUUGCAGUAGGUAAAAUAAACUGGGAUCCUUAUGAAUCAACAAUGAAACACGAUUUUCUCUUUAAACCUGCAACAGAUCCUGAUGCAGAUUGUGCCAGAGCAGGGAGAGGGCAUGUAAUUCCCUUUCAAGUAGAUGAACCAACUGGAAGAAAUGUUUACCAAGAUGAAUACUGCUGGAAGCCUUAUUCCAAGGCAGAAGCUAUAAGGGCUGGCACUGCAUCAGGAAUAAGGAGAAACAACCCUCAGACUGGAGAGCGUUUUCUGAUGUGGCAAAGGAAACACAAAGAGGAAACACCAUUGCCUACAGAAAGCUUUUCACCUUGGACAAAAUCUAUUACCAAACAUGAUAUUGAGGAAGCAUUAAAAAACCAAUAUAAAACAUCUUAUGCAAGAGAUUAUUUAGGGAUCCAACCAGGUGCUCCAAGAGAAGAUUUUACUGCUGCUCCAGACUGGAAAAUGUUAGUCCCAAGACCUCCAGAUACUGAGUUCAGGCGUCAUUUCCAGCCACAAAUUCAUGACCCUGACUUAAAGGACUUUACUUGGAAAUACGGAUGCAAUGCAAAGCGCAAAGUUCCAGUAAAAGGCGCUGUUCCUUCAGUGUCAUCUGCUCAAAUCUGGAAUCAUGAACAUACCAAACAACUAUCUACAUACCAGAGAGAUUUUGGGAGAGAUUAUCUUGAAAUGGUAUCAGUUUUGAAUUCUCUAGACCCAGAAGAAAUUAAAGCAUAUGUGGACAGAUCUCCCUAUCCAGAAAAAGCAAUCCUUCAGAACUUCCUUGACAAGGCAGACAAAACAUUCCCAAGGCUUUCUUCCUCAAAGAAGACAGAAGAAAACCUAGCACCUGACAACUUUCAGGAGAAAAUCCGGCCACCUCCAGGGCAGCUGAAUCACAGCUGAACAGCCUUAGCAGUUAUCUCAAUAGUAAACCUUUUGAAGAAUUACAUCCAGGUUUUUUUUAACCCUCUAGGGUUUAUUUUGAAAUUAUAAAAGACUGUAACAGUUAUGAUCAUCAAACUGACAUUGAAAAUACAGUAUUGAUUCAGGAACUUCAUUACUAUCACAGAGGAUUCUGUGUUUCAUAUAUUACAAAUCGACUUCUUUUACAUAGAUCCAGUUGUGCUGAGGAUGAGAUUUUCCCACACUACUAUCUCCUUGUUAUAACAGUGUUGCAACUUUAAAUAAAAUGAUUAAAAUAAUA